AUGCUCCACCUCAAACUCACCGUCCCCAAACCCAUCAACGAAUCCGUCAUCGAGACCCUCACAGCCCAUUUGAAGGCAAUUGACGAGGACUUCCAGCUUACAUCCGUCGACCAGCGAUUUGCGGAGGCGUUCUACGAUUGUCCCGAUUCAAGCGAGGCCGAGUUCGACGCGGUGCGCGCGGAUAUCCAACAGUUGUUGAAGGAUCCGGACCCGCUGAUUCGUGGGUAUUCGAUUGAUCAUUGGUGGUAG